AUGAUCACGAGUCUGCCAUGCUGCAGAGAGGACUUGUGUGCGGCGUUGGCGAGAGGUGAUAGCUUCACCUAUAUGUACUUCUAUGACCACAAACCCAGUCGCGAGCUGACCAGCGCAUGCUUUAGCCAGUGGUUUGAGGCCCCCUUCAGCAUCGACGACAUCUCGUACCACACAGCCGAGCACUUUAUGAUGGCUGAAAAGGCUCGGUUGUUUCAUGAUAAGGAGACGUUGGCGGACAUUCUAGGAGCCACCGACCCCGCCACUGCAAAAGCUUACGGUCGCAGUGUUAACAACUUUGACGAAGGUGUGUGGUGCCGCCAUCGGUUCGACAUUGUCGUGCGCGCCAAUACUGCCAAAUUUGGUCAAAACGAAGCGCUCAAGGCGUACUUAUUGGGCACAAAGAAACAUAUUCUGGUCGAAGCCAGCCCACGGGAUCCCAUUUGGGGCAUUGGACUGUCCUCGAAGAAUGAACACGCACAGAAUCCUAAGCAUUGGCGAGGGCUAAACCUUCUUGGGUUCGCCCUCAUGACGGUUCGAGAAUUGCUGCAAGCGGACGAGUACCCCGCUGCAUCCUCGGGACUCGAUGGCACCUUUUUGAGCCAAGCCUUCCCAGCUCCAUUUCAAGUCAACCAGGUCAAGUACGCCACUGCCGAGCACUACAUGAUGGCGCGCAAGGCAGCACUGUUUGGUGAUGUGGAAAUUCGAGACCGAAUUCUGGAAACAUUAGACCCGGACCAAGCCAAAGCUCUGGGUCGGCAAGCCAAGGACUUUGACCAAGAGUUGUGUGUGACCCACCGCGAUUCGAUUGUACAAAGCGGCAACUUGGCCAAGUUCAGCGAUCCAGCAAAUCUCCAUUUGAAGCAGCUAUUGCUGGCCACUGGCGACCUCGUUCUAGUCGAUGCCACUGAAACGGACAAAUUGUGGGGCAUUGGGCUGCCGCCAACUCACAAACAUGCGACGACUCCUGGCGAAUGGCCCGGCUUAAACCUCUUGGGUUUUGCUUUGAUGGCAGUUCGAUGUCAGUUAAUGACUUAA